AUGCCUCAACCAACCUACUUCGUGCCAGCGACUGGAUCAUGGGCGCCUGCGCCAUUGGCUAACCCUUAUGCGCAUAAGCGCGAAGAUACUGGGACCACCGAUCGCUGGGGUACGCGUAUACUCGAGGAACCUACCGCUACUAGUAGUGCACCGUCUCCAACAGAUUCUGCCUGGAACCGGUCGUGGCCUCACUUUGACCCCGCCUCAUUUAACGCGGAGCACUACCACGAGACGCGAUACUUGCCUACGGGCCUCGUCGCCUCAUCGCUGCCAACAUAUGGGACUUCUCCACUAGUACUGCCCGCCUGGAGCAAUGACCGCUUUGCCGCCAACAUGUCUUGUCGCCGACGCCAGGGAGUGGACCUGGCCUCUCCACCGGAUACAACAAGUUAUUCUUUGAACGGCUACCUCCCUGACGGCCCAAAUAUUGUCUCAUAUUCGCCCCCGCCGCAUGUACCAUCUCCCCGCUUCUCAGAAGCGGAUGAACAUUUGCAGAUCACCUCUGCUCAACGCAGCCCGGCAACUGCAUGCGAUGAGGCAAACGUGAAGCCCGUUAGGGAUCGUCGCCAGCCAUUGUCGUGUUUGUUCUGUCGCGCCCGGAAAAUCGCGUGUGGCACAGGCGGAAGAUUCGACGAGCGUCGUGAUUCCGAGCCAGAGAUGUGCUGGCAAUGUCUCAAGCGCGGCCGCAGGGUUUGCAUCUACCCGGCCGCGUCCAAGCGCGGACUGCGACACCGGGUCGAGAACGAGGGACUCAGUGGCGACCGCAUCCGGCGCAUGGCCCCCAAUGAGGGGGUUUCACCCGGCGAGCUGGAUGCAGAGGAGUAUCGGAUCUGUUUCCGACGCUAA